CUGAGAAUCUAGUGUGUUGUUAAGUAUUAUUUUUUGAAACUUGUUUUCAGGUGUGUGUGUGUGUGUGUGUGUACUUUAAGACUUACUGCUCAUUGUGAGAGGCAGUUAAAGAAGUCGUUUGAAGUUACUGGUGUAAUAGAAAGAAUCUAGGCAUUGGAAUCUGCCAGGCUUUGGUUUGAAUUUGUCCUGUGUGAUUCUUGCAAGUCAUCUACAUUCUAACUUAAUCUACCUAUUGUGUAAAGAGUUCUCUCUCUCUCUCUCUCUCUCUCUCUCUCUCUCUCUCUCUCUCUCAGCAUAAUCUGAUACAUAAUCAGAGUCGAAUAGAUAUUUGUGCCCCUUUCCUUAAAUAGUGUCCUCCAUGUAAAAUCACUUCACUGAUAGUGGGGCCCUUAGUCUACAUUCCAGAUUUUUAUUUUAUUAUUAUUAUUAUAUUAUUAUUAUUAUUAUUAUUAUUAUUAUUUUGCGAGCAGUCUUGAGCACAGUUCUUUGCCCUUCCUCUUCUCACACUGCACAGGUUUUUGUUAUUAAAGGCUGGCACGGUCCCUCUGCCGAAUACUGGCUAAUUAUUUCACUGUUCAUUUAGUAUUACAAACUUUAAAAUCUCUUCUGUUUCUUAACAACAACAGCGAAGUGCCGGACUGGUGGCAGGGGGCCAGACAACAAUCUGUUGAGUUGGGUCCACCGCACAUCCCUUGCAGCGUCCCUUGUCAUGUACAGGGAAGCAGAUGCGAGGCCGAUUCCACCAGCAUUUCUCACUCAAUCUCCUCCAUGCUAAACAGGCCAGCUAGGCAUUAAGUCAUGUCUCUGGGUAGCUUAAGUGGAAAGUGUGAACAGAGAAGCCACUUUAUGUGAGGACAGCCGAAAAUUAGAUCCCUUCCCCUCCCCACUCCUCUUCCCCCAGGGGAGAAGGCACUUAUCAGCCAAGAGCUCGAUGCCCGAACCGUGCAGCGUCCUGAGCUCCAGAGGUUUGCCAGCACGCACGAUCUGCGGCGCCGAGAGCCCUUCUCUCCAGAUGAAUUCUCAUAGUAUCACAGACGCGCGCAGUCCGGAUCGAUACUGGAUGGCAGACGUGCUCUCGCCUUCAAGUGUAGGCACAGGACGGCGGAUUGAGCCGCCCUGCAGUUCGUUCGCUGCUUCUCAUCAGCUCAGUCCUGGCAGAGGACAUUAACCCGUUCCCGCACGGAUUCCCACCCUGUCGCGGCGGUCGUCCCUCCGUUGUCCUCCCGCGGCGGCGUAGUCUUUCAGCCCGACGCCCAGGGGCGGGCUCGGUCUGCUCCCGGCGCGUGGCGGGCUGGUGGCGCCCGGGUCCCCAGCGCGCGGUCCCUGGAGGCAGGACAGGGCGCUCCAAGACCCUCGCGCCCGCUUGUCUUCCCGCGUCCCGAUCCCGGGGCCCGGCCCGGCGAAGGCCCCGCCCCGGGAUCCGCUCCCACUCCUGAUUGGCCGGCGCAGCUCGAGGGGCCCGGCCCGACCCGUCCCGGCGUCUUAGCUAUAAAGCGGGUCGCCGCAUGCCCGGCCAGGCCCAGCCCGCCUAGCUUCGGGGCUAGCACACGCACCCGACCCACCAUGCCGAGGGGCUUCCUGGUGAAGCGAACCAAGCGCUCGGGCAACUCCUACCGCUCGCGCCCGGCCGAACGGCUUUUCCACCCUCCGGGUCCCCGCGCUGCACCGCCCUCCCCCGAGGAGCCCAGCCGGGGGCUGUCGGGGUCCCCUUGCUUCGAGCCCGCGUUGGACGGCGCCGAGUGGGGCGCGGGUGGCGGAGACGGCCCGGGACCCAGCCCCGCGAGGCCGGCGGGCCCCGAGCUGCGCCGCGCGUUCCUGGAGCGUUGCCUGCGCUCACCAGUCUCUGCCGAGUCCUUCCCCAGCGCCACAGCCUUCUGCUCCUCGGCGCCCGCGCCCGCGACCUCGAAGGAGCAGUUGGUGCCGUCUCGGGUUGCCGUCCCCAGCUCUGUCCCUGCACCGGCGCCCGUACCUGCUCCGCACAGCCUCCAGCGCCGGGGCAAGGGCGCCCUGGGCUGCGCAUCAGCACCCGCGGCCGUCAGGAAGCCUAAGGCGGUGAGGAGGCUGAGCUUUGCAGACGAGGUGACCACGUCCCCGGUGCUCGGUCUAAAGAUCAAGGAGGAGGAGCCCGGGGAGCCGGCGCGGGCUUUGGGCGGCGUCCGCACGCCGCUGGGGGAGUUCAUCUGUCAACUGUGCAAGCAGCAGUACGCGGACCCCUUCGCGCUGGCUCAACACCGCUGCUCCCGCAUCGUGCGCGUCGAGUACCGCUGUCCCGAGUGCGACAAGGUCUUCAGCUGCCCCGCGAACCUCGCCUCCCACCGCCGCUGGCACAAGCCACGUCCCGCGCCGUCCUGCGCCGCGAGUAAACCUCCCUCCGCGCCGUUGACCCCUCCGGACCCCUCUCUGGCGGCGGGCAAGGAGAACGGCCGCGUGCCGCGGACCGACGAUCAGCACCCGCAGGUCCGGGACAGCUCCGGGAACGGUCAGCACCGGGACAGCGCCGCGCGCCCAGGCCUGCAGGCGUUGGUGCACCCGGAGGCAGCACGACCGCAGGCUCCCUACCCCGAGGUGAUGCUAGGGCGCCGCGGUCUUGGGCCAGGCGGUGCCAGCCCGGGGGCAACAUCCGAGGUCUUCGUGUGCCCGUAUUGCCACAAAAAGUUCCGUCGCCAAGCCUAUCUGCGCAAGCACCUGGGCACCCACGAGGCGGGCCCGGCGCGAGCACCAGCCCCGGGUUUCGGCUCGGAGCACACAGCACCACUUGCAUUUGCUUGCCCGCUUUGCGGGGCGCACUUCCCGUCCGCGGAUAUCCGAGAGAAGCACCGGCUAUGGCAUGCUGUCCGAGAGGAGCUGCUACUGCCCGCCUUGGUCGGGGCUCCUUCGGAAGCGGGCCCUGGAGGGGGUUCCGACGGUAGCACUCAGCAGAUUUUCUCAUGCAAGUACUGCCCUUCCACUUUUUUUAGCUCCCCGGGCUUGACCCGGCACAUCAAUAAGUGUCACCCCUCAGAAAGCCGGCAAGUGCUGCUGCUGCAGAUGCCACUGAGGCCUGGCUGCUGAGGGUCCCAGGCCUGGCGAGAUUUCCAGGAUGGCUGGAGAAAACAAUACGGGAACUCCUGUGGGGCUUUUUUUCAUCUUGCAAUUUCCUCUUUCCUUCCCUUGCCUUCCCUUUUAAAAUUCUCCUAGUCAUGAUCCUCCCGGGGAGAAAGCAGCGAGAUGUAAAACCCCCUCUAGAGCAGGUAUGUAUCUGGCAUAAAAAUUCAUGAUCAAAGCUGACAGCUUUAAAUUCCUCAUUUCCCCACUAAAACAGGGCAUCCCCUUCCUUAAAACGCUGGAGACCCCAAUGAAUCCUAUACGGUUUGUAGUUCCUAUGGAAAGUCGCAGUGAACGCGUGCAAGUCUCAGUGUGUACACAAGGUUCUUCCCAAAGUGGUGGUCAUCGACCAUUUCUCCUCUCGCCAAUGCAGGCAUUUAUGUCGUUUCUGUCUCAAUAGGGUCAGAUUUCUUGCCUUGUAUAUUCUGUGAAUCAAGCUAUGUGACUGAUGCCAAACUUGCAGGGAAGGAAGACUUAGACCCUUGUAGAUGGACAGGAAUAUAAGAGGAUGCUGCUGUCCGGUGUGAAAAUAUCCCUGGAACUUUCUUUCCUCGAUUCAAUGUAUUCAUCCCUUCUUUUAAAUUAGGUUUUGGAGGUGCGGGAAGGAGUUGGUGUGCCCUCUGCAUUCUUUACCUAUUUUAUGUGCUGCAUCCAGGAGCUAAAGGUUUUCUUUACAUAACCUUUUUCUUUUUUUUUUUAAAUACUAUACUCAUUCCUAAAAUUUGAAUGUUUUAGAAAGAUUUCAUUCAAAUUAUUACAAUUUGCUGUAAAUCUGCUGCACACUGCAUUGUAAACUGUUCAACUUAAGGAAGAUGUUAACACCUGUAGCCCACUAUGGAACUGAAUGUCAAUCAAUUCACUCAAUAUUCUAUAUUUUCUUUUCAGGAACAUUUGAAUUUCUUUGUAAAUCAUAUUCAAUGUAUAUUCUGUGUCUAUUCCCUCAAUAGCCAGAGUCUGGGAUACUGGCUGAGCACUAUCCAACAAUAGAUUUGUAAGCUGCUUCCACCAAAUAAAUGUAUGUAG